UAAAAAAUCCGACCGAUGGCUUCUCAAAUUCUGGCAGCGGCAGCCGAGAGGAUCGGACCGGCGGCGAGGCGACAGGCCGUGAGCUUGACGGACGCGGCGUCGAAUCGGAUAAGGCAGCUCCUAGAGCAGCGCCGGCGGCCAUAUCUUAAACUCGGCGUCAAGGCUCGCGGCUGCAACGGUUUGUCCUACACUCUCAAUUACGCAGAUGAUAAGGGUAAGUUUGACGAAUUGGUGGAGGAUAAAGGUGUGAAGGUUUUGAUCGAUCCGAAGGCUCUGAUGCACGUCAUAGGAACGAAGAUGGAUUUUAUAAAUGAUAAACUCAGGUCUGAGUUUGUAUUUAUCAAUCCCAACUCUAAAGGACAGUGUGGUUGCGGGGAAUCGUUCAUGACAACAGGCAGUAGCGGAGCUACGAAGAAGGUUUAAAGAAUCGUAUGGCCAGCUAGUGACGAACCAAGACUUUCACUGAUUAAUUAUUUGUGUUGGUGCCGGCGUGAGCCAUUUUAGUCUGUGCUAACUCGGGUCUGAAGUUGGCAUUCUUCUGUAAAGAUGAUUCCAAUUUUGUUUGGGAGAACACAUUGUAUAUCUAUAAAAUUUUGUGCUUCUUGAAAUUAUAUGAACUUUUGUAAUGUCAACAUGUAAAAGCUGCUGACUUGUGGAAAUUGCGUUGACGAGAUUGUUAUUUUUCACUUAUAAGUGAGAGGUUGCAUAUUCGAAUUUCA